AUGAGCCUGGUUAAGAUUGUUUUUGAAGCCACAAUCUCAUCGGAGCAGAAGGGUUACAUCGGCCUGGACGAUAUAGUGCUGUUAAACUACCCCUGCUAUAAAGUGCCUCAUUUCUCCAGACUCGGGGAUGUGGAGGUGAACGCAGGACAGAAUGCCACAUUUCAGUGUGUGGCGACCGGACGCUCCACCAAGACUGACCCCUUCCUGAUGGAGAGGCGUAACGGUGUUCUGAUGUCGCCGUACUCAGUGACGUCAUCAGUCGGUGAGCGUCGAUUGGUUGCUUGGUUUCAGGUGGGCGGAGUCCAGCGUGGAGAGCAGGAUCUCUACCGAUGCCUCACUCAGUCGACAUACGGAGCCGCAGUGUCGAACUUUGCUGAACUAAUCGUCAGAGUCCCGCCCACACCAAUAGCUCCGCCCCAGCUGCUGCGCUCUGGCCCCACCUACCUGAUCAUCCAGCUCAACACCAACUCUAUAGUGGGCGACGGGCCGGUGAUCCGCAGAGAGAUCGUAUACCGGGCCAGCCACUCUCCCUGGUCCGAAACUCACGGAGUCAACUCACUGACGUAUAAAGUCUGGCACCUGGAGCCCGACACAGAAUAUCGCAUCAGUGUCCUCCUCACGCGGCCCGGAGAGGGAGGAACCGGCCCGCCUGGACCCCCGCUGGUCAGCAGGACCAAGUGUGCAGAGCCCAUGCGUCCUCUCAGAGGACUGACGGCGUCGGAGAUUCAGUCUCGCCAGCUGCUGCUGCAGUGGGAGCCGGUGGGCUACAACCUGACGCGCUGUCACACGUACUCGCUGUCGCUCUGCUACCGCUACUCCACGGCCACAGGGGGCGGAGCCGGUGGGAAUAACGCCACGGUGAGGGAGUGUCUGUCGGUGGAGCGGAACACCUCCCGCUUCACGCUCCGGGACCUGCCUCCAUUCCACGCCGUUCACGUGCGGCUGGCGCUGGCCAAUCCUGAGGGCAAGAAAGAGAGCCGAGAGGUCACCUUCCAGACCGAGGAAGACAUCCCAGGAGGCAUUGCACCCGAAUCUUUGACCUUCACCCCAUUGGACGAUAUGAUCUUUCUGAAGUGGGAGGAGCCGCUGGAGCCCAAUGGUCUGAUCACGCAGUAUGAGAUCAGCUACCAGAGCAUCGAAUCAUCAGAUCCCAGCAUCAACGUUCCCGGCCCACGGCGCACCGUCUCCAAACUAAAGAACGAGACGUAUCACAUGUUCUCCGGGCUUCACCCCGGCACCACAUACCUGGUGUCUGUUCGCGCCCGCACCGCCAAGGGCUUUGGCCAGACCGCCCUGACCGAAAUCACCACCAAUAUCUCAGUGAGUGGAAAUACAGUGCAGUACAGUUCAGUGUGUAAAGUCUGCUCCAUCUUCCUGUACAGCGCCUAUCAUGUGGUGGUGGAGGAGGAUGGCUCCAGACAGGUGAGGCGGAGGGAGCUAGGUCACAUGGAGUGUUUCCCUGCUCCUUCCUCCCAUGGGGAGAGUCCCGGAGGAGGUGGAGGAGCAAGUGGUGCUCCGCCUCAUUACUACACAGCCGAACUCACGCCCAGCAGCUUACCUGAGGCUACACCAUUCACUGUAGGGGACAACCACACCUACAACGGCUACUGGAACACACCUCUGGACCCCAGCAAGAACUAUCUCAUCUACUUCCAGGCCUCCAGCAACUUCAGAGGGGAGACGCGGAUCAACUGCAUCCGGAUCGCUCGUAAAGAGGCCUGUAAGGACCAUAAGCGAGCUUUGGAGGUUUCCCAGCAUGCCGAGGACAUGGGGCUGAUCCUGGGGGCCUGUGCCGGGGGGCUGGUUGUUCUCAUCCUCCUGCUGGGAGCAAUUGUGGUUAUUGUGAAGAAAGGCAGGAAGAAGGUGAACAUAAACAAGGCGGUGAUGACGUAUCGCCAGGAGAAGACGCGUAAACUGGGGUCACUGGACUGCAGUACGACAGAGCACAGUACACUGCAACAGGACGAUCGCACCACGCAGACCUUCAUGGACUCACAUAACUCCACUGCUAGAAAUGAGCAGCGCAGCUCGGUGAACGAGUCCAGCAGCCUGCUGGGUGGUUCUCCCAGAAGGCACUGCAGGAGGAAAAGUUCUCCGUACCACACAGGGCAGCUGCACCCGGCUGUGAGAGUGGCAGACCUGCUCCAGCACAUCAACCAGAUGAAGACAGGAGAGGGCUACGGCUUCAAGCAGGAGUAUGAGAGUUUUUUCGACGGCUGGGACAUAAACGAAAAGGACAAGACCAAGAGCCGACACGACACCCUUCUGGGUCAAGACCGUCACCGUGUGAAAAUGCAUUCUCUCCUGGCCGAUCCUAACUCAGACUAUGUCAAUGCAAACUACAUCGAUGGGUAUCAGCGCUCCAACCAUUUUAUCGCCACACAAGGGCCCAAGCAGGACAUGAUCUAUGACUUCUGGCGCAUGGUUUGGCAGGAGAACUGCUACAGCAUCGUGAUGAUCACCAAACUGGUGGAGGUGGGGAGAAUGAAGUGCUGUAAAUACUGGCCUGAUGACAGUGAGCUCUAUGGAGACAUCAAAAUCACUCUGCUGAAAACAGAAACGCUGGCAGAAUACACCGUACGCACCUUUGCCAUGGAGCGGCGGGGUUACCCAGCUAAACAUGAAGUCUGCCAGCUCCACUUCACAAACUGGCCAGAGCAUGGUGUCCCGUAUCAUGCCACAGGACUGCUGGCCUUCCUCCGGCGGGUCAAGGCCUCCACGCCGCCCGACGCUGGUCCAGUGGUAGUCCACUGCAGUAUGGGUGCUGGCCGCACUGGCUGUUACAUAGUAUUGGACGUGAUGUUGGAUAUGGCGGAGUGUGAGGGUGUGGUGGACAUUUAUAACUGUGUGAAGACGCUCUGCUCACGACGUAUCAACAUGAUCCAGACCGAGGAGCAGUAUAUAUUCAUCCAUGAUGCCAUACUAGAGGCCUGUCUGUGCGGAGAGACCGCCAUCCCCAUCAGCGAGUUUGAGCUCACCUAUAAGGACAUGCUGAGUGUGGAUUCUCAGACCAACACCUCUCAACUGCGAGAAGAGUUUCAGACUCUGAACUCUGUGACUCCUCACCUGGAUGUGGAGGAGUGCAGCGUGUCUCUGCUGCCCCGUAACCGUGAGAAGAACCGGAGCAUGGAUGUGCUGCCGCCCGACCGCGCGCUGGCUUUCCUCGUCUCCACCGAGGGCGACGGCAACAACUACAUAAACGCCGCACUGAUGGACAGCUUCCUGCAGCCGGCUGCGUUCGUGGUGACCCCUCACCCCCUCCCCACCACCACCGCAGACUUCUGGAGACUGGUGUUUGACUAUGGCUGUACCUCUAUCGUCAUGCUCAACCAGCUCAACCAGUCCAACUCAGCCUGGCCCUGUCUGCAGUACUGGCCUGAAACAGGCAUGCAGCAGUUUGGACCCAUGACGGUGGAGCUGCUCUCCAGAUCCACCGAUGACAAUGUCGUCACUCGCCUAUUCAGGGUGACCAACAUCACACGGUUGCAGGAAGGUCAUCUGGUAGUGCGACAUUUCCAGUUCCUGCGCUGGUCGGCUUAUCGUGAAAUCCCAGACUCUAAGAAGGCCUUUCUCAACCUUCUGGCACAAGUGCAGAAGUGGCAGAGGGAGUGCGGCGACGGUCGCACUGUAGUGCACUGCCUGAAUGGCGGCGGACGCAGUGGCACUUUCUGCGCUUGCACCAUGAUAAUGGAGAUGGUGCACCAUCACAACAUGGUGGAUGUGUUCUACGCAGUCAAGACUCUCCGCAACUCCAAGCCCAACAUGGUGGAGUCAAUGGAGCAGUACAGGUUCUGCUACGAGCUGGCUCUGGAGUAUCUGGACUGCCUGGAGGUCAGAUAACACGAGAGCUCCAGACCCGAUCGACACCGGCUUCAACCUCUUCACCUCGCCUCCUCUGUCUCCUUUCGCUUGGGCCAAUCCAGCCCACCUGAAUGAGCCUUCUGUCCUCCAGUGAGAAUGCACAUCUACAUCAAGAGUGGGAAUGCAAGACUCGGCACAUUUCUUUAACCUUCAACCUCUAUUGUCCUCUGUGCACUUUCUGCUUUGACGUUUUCUCCUCCACGACCUUCUGUGCCAGAUAUUCCUGCCAAACCCAUGAGGGAGUCGAUGAGAUUUCAGCAGCUUUGAGAUUACGACAUGCGUCUCUGAUCACGUGACUGGCUCUCUGCCUUACGCACCAAGCAGGAGGAAAACACGCUGAAUUUUAACGAAACCAUGCGACGACAUGGGUGAUAUUGUGUUUGUACAUUACGUGUAUUGUUAAACUCUGUACAUGGGGCGAUCUACUGUACUGAUGCACCUGAUUUUACCGGAAAGCAUACCUUGAAUUUAUGGAUGUGAUGGCGGAUGGAGGUUUUCUUUUCAUUGAAUUAUUAAAGGUGAUGUGUAUAAUUGACGUUAAUCUCCUAUCCCUGCUUCUCAUUACAAGUGUAACACUGUGGCACUAUCAAAACAUUGCUCUGUUUGAGCAGCAGCAACUCGACCAAUGGAGCGAGUUUGGGGCGAGACUGUCUUUUUGGCUGACCAGUGAGAAAUGGGGGCGUGUUCAGGACUUGCAAUCUUGCAAAUGUUUGGUGAUGCUAGUGGUGCAAAAAUUACACACUUCACCUUUAAAUCUUAAAGUGACACUCUAAAGUGUCAGUGUUUUGAUAGGUGAGAGAUGCAAAGAUGGUUUCUGGGUUUAUUUCUUGU